UUUGCUUGGUUGUUCGACAAGGCCGACAAGUAGAUAGAUAGACAGAUAGAAGUGGUGCGAAAGCGGUUAAAAGCGCAACAAACUGGAAAGUUUUUGGUCAAGAAAAUUCUCAAAGCUUUUGCAAGCCAAUAUGCAGUGCCAAUAGAUACUCGGAAAGUAAAAGAAGGCCAGUGGCAGUCGGUUUUGUCAAAGCACCGCGUAAACAACGCUAACGUUCGGAUGUACAUCGAAAUUUCGUGCUAUUUUUAACUGAUUUUCAUUGCUGCCGGGAAAGUGCCGCGGAAGUGGAUACAAGUGUUUCUGAAAGUGAAGAAUAUUUCGUUGCUACAACAUACAAAAUAGCGAUACAACGUUACCUCAACAUAAAUGCUAGAGUAACAGCCACACGACGCGUGCCUACGUGACGUCAUUCGCAAAUCAAGAGCCAACAAAAUUUGUGCGGUGUGUAAACUAGCUAGGAAAUAUGAUACACAAUAGCAAUAUAAUGAGCGCUUAAAGUUGUGACUAAAUUAAGAAAAGUUAUAUUACAAUCAAAAGUAAAACGUAAACAUCAGUGGUCGCUCUUUCCACAAGUUUAUCUAAUAAAGUUGCAAAAAUGCAGGCCGAGAAAUUUUUAUUAACCCGCUUUGCUCGGACUUGUUUGCGUUUGAUUCAAACAAAACAAAAACAAACAUGCCAACAACAAUCACUAUUAUCACAAUUAGAAAAACAACGUAAACCGUUUCACGUAUUAGGAGGCAUUAAACUUGAUAUCAACACUAUUUUCACUGCCAAUGCCGGCAAUGUUGCCGGUGACUUUUCUCAGCGGCGAUACCAGCAUUACCUCCUCCCUCGCUUCCAAAACAAGCAACCAAACAGCCAUAGUAACUUAGUAAGUUGCUACAAUAAUGACAACAACAAUGUCAACUUCCGUCAGCAGAAAGCCAAUAUUUAUACGCAAUCUACAACACCGUUGCGGGGUAAAUAUCCCACUGAUACGGUACAUGAGCCCCUGUGCUCGGAACGCGCACGUGAAUUGGUUUACAAGUUGAAGGAUUCCGAAAGGGAAGCUAUCAAGGUGGCUCUUCUGAAAUACGAUUCUGAGCGCCAACGGUUGGGAUUAGAAGGCAAACUGGCUGCAACACAAUGGCGUACACGGUUUGGCCGCCCCUCGCAGGUGCCACGUCUUGGCGAUGUUGACCCCACAGGCCGAUUUUGUGCCUUUCCCGAGGAUUGGCUCAAACAAAAAGCGGCGGCUAAGGCUCCCGCUCCCACCAUGGCAGAUUUGCGUCGAAUUUGCGUAGUCAACGCUGUGCCAUUCCUCGCUUUCGGCUUUCUGGAUAAUUUCGUCAUGAUAGUUGCGGGCGACUCAAUCGAAAGCAUUUUUGGCGCUUUCAUGUGCAUAUCUACAAUGGCCGCAGCUGGUCUCGGUAAUACGGUGAGCGACAUACUUGGCAUUGGAUCGGCCUACUAUGUGGAACGUGGUUGCGAAAUGAUGGGUUUCCGUUUACCGGACUUGACGCCAAUCCAAAUGGAAAUGAAAUCAAGUCGGCAUGCAGCAAAUUUGGGCCGCAUUGUCGGCAUAACAAUAGGUUGUCUUCUGGGCAUGAUGCCAUUAAUGUUCAUGAAAAAGAAGGAUAAAACUGAAAACGUGGCUGUGAACGAGGAUGCGAAUGUCAUUGGUGUGACUCCUGUUAAGUGUUAAGACAGUAAAUUUUGUAAUUAAAAAUCUUCUAUUAGCAAAUUGUUUUUAGUUACAUUAUUUGUGCUGUAUGCACAAAAUUUUAUUUUAUUUUUAUUACUCUUUUGUAAUGAAAAGGAAAUAAUUCGAAGUUUUCUUAAUCGUUAGUGUAACUUAAAAAACGUAAAAUGCGGAUUGCUGUACGAAGACUUUAACUUUUAAGUAAAUUCACAUUCACAAGUGUGUAUAAGUCAUUGUGUAAUCAAAACGUUUUUCAUAUUUUGCAAUUUUUAAAUAUUUUAAUUAAGGACUAAUUUUUUGUGUUUUUAAUACAUGCAAUUAUUUACAGUUUUUAUUUAAUGUUGUAUGGUGUCCGAUGUGCACUUUCAUAUAUAUUUUAUGAAUUUAAAAAUUUAAUAUUUAAGACUUCAAACGAAAAAUAUAUGCCAACUUUUCCAUUUUGUGUUUACUAAAUUGUGUCUUUAUAGUUUUUUCAUUGCAUUUUUUAAACUGUCUUUGUUUGUAUUGUUUAUUUCCAUAUUUGUAUGUUUUUGUUUUUCUUUUUUGUGAUUUUCUAACAAUACCAAACCUUCCUCAUAACUUCAUGGGCACAUAUUUUUGUAUUUGAAAUAUCGCAUACAUUUAUACAUACAGGGUGGGCCAAAUAAGACCUACUAAUGCGUAUUGCAGUCGUUGUUGGUGGUCUUGCGGUAGAAGUGCUUGCACAAUUUGAAUUUUGUAUGUGUACAUCUUAAGAUCCAACUUUAUAAUUAUACGAAAUUUCGUUCUGGAAAUGCCCAAUUGGCUGGAACGACGGCGAAUUGAGAGAGAUGGAUCAUCUGCAACACUCUGCCGCACAGUUUCCACGUUGUCUUCAGUGCGAAUAUUUCGAUGGGCACCUCGUCCAGGACGGUCGGCCACUGAACCCAGUCCCUCAAAACGACCGACCAAAUUCCUAAUCAUGAAGGCUGUGGGAGCUGAUCUGGAAUUAAAAUGUUGCCGAUAUUUACGCUGCGUUAAAACAAUUGAUCGUUGACAAGAAUAAAAACUCGAUAAUUUUAACGCGUUCGGUUGUAAUGUAGGGUUCAAUAAUAAAUUUCCAACAAUUCAAUUAUAACCUACAAAAAGAGAAAAAUAAAUAUGUCAAAAAAUAAAAAAGUUAUUUGUGCUUAACAUUAGAAGGUCUUAUUUGGCCCACCCUGUACUUACUUGUUUCUCAAAAAUUGUAUAAGACUUAUAAAACCAAUUUUUUAUAUUUCUUUCCACUCUUUGGAUGGAACACUAUCUGUGUUACUUUUUGAGUUUUACCUAUUCUGUAUAUUUUCCUUUAUUAGUAAUUUCUCAUCACUUAAUAUUUAAAUCACAACGUAGCUGUCAGGAAGACAGACUAGGGUCUAAAGUGCAUUGGAAACGUAGAUUCUAAUUUAUUGACGGCUAACGCCUUUUUGAAAUUCUCCAAAACUCUUUUAAUUGUUUUGUCACUUAAAUUUACCGGGGAAAUUUUUUUGCUGCAAAUUUUUCAAAAAUUCGGUGUUCUAGAAUUUUGAGAUUCUAAAUUACAAUUUUUUUUCAGUAUUUCGAUUCAUUCCAAUUCGAAAAUUCUUCUUAUUUUUGUGACAUACUUUUGUAGUUUUUGUAACAUAUUUUCCAACACGUGGCGUUUUUUGAGGAUACUGUAACUUGAGGAUAACUGCUCAUGAGUUGAGGAUACUGCUGUUGUUGUUAUUGUAGCAGGACUACUCAAACCCUGCUGGGGUCGGUGAAACUCAAAUAUUGUCGUCUAGGUACGACUAUAUGUAGACCGAAGGAUUUUAGAUGAGUUGGUUUAUGUGGCAUGAGAAUAGGUUGGUGAUGCCAUUCGAGUUUUCUUCGCUUGAAAAUUAUAGUAUGUUGACUAUGUCGAUUCCUAUUGUUGUUAGGCAAGUGUUAAAGUGUUCGAUGGCCUUACUCGUCUACGGCUGCCUUGGCGAUUCCACUCAAUAGCAGCAUAUUACCUACGAAGGACGUGGCCAAUCCUACUCUAUUUUCAUCUGAAAAUCUCAAGGAGUAUUGGGGUUUGCUGUAAUUUUCUCCACAUAUCAGUGAUUGUGUUUGGCUAGAAGAUUUUCAGGACUUUCCGAAGACAUCGAUUAGUGAAAACUUGCAGUGCGUUUAUAUCGGUCGCUGUUGCAUAAUUCGACACUAGGCUCAAAUAUCCUCAGCUAUGUGAUGCUUUCCAGACUGUACGUAGGGUAUUUGAUGUUUUCGCUCGAAAAAGAUUGUGUUUCCUCCAGCUGGAUGCCACCGAUCAGGAACCGUAUUUGUACGUAUUUUGCGUGUUAGUACGCCUUUCUUUGGUUGUAGCGAUGUUGAAAAUCAGCUUAGCUUUAGAGGCGGCUUCCUGUUCCGAUCGGAAGGAAUCGCCACCUUCCACCUCUUUCUCCUGCACACAGUCUCCUGCGAUGUGGCUUCAAUAUGAGCCGAAUAGCAAAGUAUUCAGAUGCAACCGAAAGGGCAGUCAAUCGUUUCUGGACCAAUUACGAAUACGCUAUCAGUAAGCACUGGCUGUCUCCUAGCUAUCAAAGUAAAUGUCGACCAGAGCUCCUUAUUAUUGUUAGUUCUUUAAUAGCCUAAGAGAUUUUCAAUACAUUUUUUUCCGUGGAAUAUAAAACCGACCGCUUGAUUUAAUGUUAUAUAUUUAACGUAGACCUGAAAUGUUUCUGAUUACGAAUUCUUUAUUCUUUACUGUCCCAGUUUCUAUUGCCAUUUUUUAUUAUUAUAAAUAACCAAAAACAUGAAAAGCAUGGACUCAAUCGCGUUUAUCACGAAUUCUCUUUCUCUUCAGCUAAGACGGUAAAGUUGGUGGUACUUUAAGAAUUAAAACUAACUACACUCUUUUUAUUCAUUUGGUUUUAUUUUAUUUGUUUGAUUCAAUAUUAUACUUUUAUCUCAUUUUUCUUACAUUUUUGUGUCAAUAUCCUUCCUUGAAUGGGUUUAUUUUAAUUCUCAAAACAUCAUUUCAAUUUAAAAAUCAACUCUUGAAUCAAGUAACUAUAUGCCUUUUACCAAUCACACAUGUACCUUCUAUCUAUGUAUCGCUAUUUUAAAAACUUACACUGAAACAAAAACAAAAGCAAUGCAAAAAAAAGAAAAAACAAAAAUCAAAAUUACCUGUUUCUAUUACCUACUAAAAGUGGAACCUAAAUUGUUAUAUUUAGCUACAAGAAAGCGCUUAAGCUCGGCAAGUGAGAAUUAGUUGUAGUUGGUAGCAAAAAAAAAAAAAAAAAAAAACAAGAAUUAUAAGUAGUAGAAUACAUGAGCAAAUGCAAGAAGAGAGUGCAAGAGUGCAUAGGUGAGAGUAUAAAUAUGUGUAUUGUUAGCUUAGUUGACAGUUCAUAGAAAAUGUUUCAAUAUGCAAUUGAAUGUAGGUUACAUCGGGCAGGCUUUAAUUCCACACUUUUGGAAAAAUAUCUUAAACUUACUUCUUAUAAAUUGUUAUUAAAAUAUUUUUGUAUAAAACUCUACUGCUGUCUUCCUAAAGAUUAUCUAUGUAGUAGUUCCUGAGAGAGUUUUUCCAAGUCAUAUAUAUUUAUAUACAUAUUAGUUUAGGGAAAAAUAAAUCCAUUAUUUCCUCGGUUGUUGUUGUUGUAGCAGUAACUUUGCCCUGUCAGUGUAGUGUAAUCACCGGUCGUCUUCGUCUAGCUCAUCUAAUGGAAGGCUCAGGAAACUUGCUGUUUCGACAGGUUGAGCCCAGAGGGAGAGGGGUGUUAGAUGAGUGGGUUUGAUGGGGCAUGUGAAAGGGUGGUUAGUGUCAUGCGGGGUGCCUGCAGAUGCCGAUUAUUUUCUCGAUAGAUGGCUGUAUUGUCUUAUCGAUCAAACAAUUUAAGUUUAUGCUCGUUGUCCAGGUGACCAAAAAAAUUUAUUUUGCUUUUUUUUUGUUUGUUCCAUUCAGUUGUGAGUUACAGGGUGUUAAUAAUGGAAGUCAGCAAAGAGAAAAUUUUGUACAUUUUACAGUUUUAUUUUGAUAAAGGCUACCAUGCAAGCCAGGCCGCUCAAAUUAUGAAUGGUGUUUAGGUGGCGAUACUGCAACAGCUAAUUAUGUGCAAUUUUGGUUUCUUCGAUUGCGUUCAGGCAAUUUUCAUGUUAGAGAAAAUGUCGAUAAAAUCACAGAAAUAAAUGAAUUUGGAUGUAGCAUCGCCCAGGAGCUAAAGAUUUCAUGGUUGAAUUAAAGUUUUAAACCAUUUGGGCAAAAAUUUUACGCGAAAAUAAUGGAUUUCUUUUUACCCAAACUAAUAUUCAUAUAUACAUAUGCAAAUUUGCAUAUGUAAAAAUUAAUUCCAAACUAUCUUCUCAAGUCAGAGGUCUUUACUCAAAUAAAAGCUGCCAUACAACUUUAGUGUAAAACGCUACUCAUUCAUCUACUCGCAAAGCUUUGAAAAGUCUUAGAGUACUACAGUAGAGUACAGUACAGAUUAAAGCUGCCAAAAAUACAGUAUUUUAAAAUCAAAAAUGGUUUAAUUAAAUUAAAUGACAAAGUCGAAAACGAUCGCAUACUAAUCUCUUAGCCAAUUAAGGCAUUACUUCGGAAACAAAGCAAACCCGUCCUAUUUAAAGAUAUUCUUUUGGAAAUGAAAACGUAGACCUAUUAGAAAUAUACAUACAUACAUAUGUAUUUCUAAAAUUUAGAUCUUAUAUGAAUAUAUUUCGAUGAAAAAUUAUACUUCAAGGGAUAAAAUUUUCAAAAUUGCACAAAGGCAGUAUUAGAAAACGGAAUUAUUAAUAUAAAAGUUGGAUCAAAAACAUACAUACAUAUAUAAACGAUAUAUGUAUAGUACAUGCAACAAUUGCAAUCACGCAUAUGCGUCAUGAAAGUCAAACUAAAAAUCAGUUUUGGAAAAUGACGUUCGCUGACACCAAUUAUUGUAGUUUAAAAUUUAAAGCUAAGCAAUAGUAGUAUUUAUGAUACAUACAAACAUACAUACAAAUACCGCAUGCUUACAUAAAUUCAAACACAAAAAUGAGCUUUACAAUUCGCCGAAAAAAAUAUAACAAACUUAAUAAUACUAUUUUUAUGUGUGUAGUAGAGUAGUUGAAAUUUAAAUAUAUUAGAAUAAAUAUAAGAAUAUAAAGCUUAGAAUGAGUAGUGAAAAAGUGUAGUUAAAUUAAUUGAAAAGUAAUAAUAAACAAAAUGAAAAAGUA